GGGUGCUGCAUUGCGCAUGCGCGUGCUGCCACCCACAGUAUGGCGGUCCUGCUGGGUUCCUCCCUGGUGUGUGACAAGCAGCCGUCAAGCAAUAGCAGUCGCAAAAUGCACCUGCUGCUUGCCGUUGCGGCGGUGCUUGGAAACCAACUUAGAGCCUAGAGAGCGUGUGUGGUGUGAGGUGCUGCCGGGCUGGGGAGCGGAAGGGGGGACCCCUGCUGGGCGUGUUCUUGUGGAAAGUAACACAAAGCAAUGAAGAGAUGAUUUGGUACUGCUGUCUCCCCUGAAAACCAAAGCAUUUAUGUGGUAAAUGCAUGCUAUUUAUGUGAAUUGAAUUAAAUUAAAAGGUUGAAAGUCUGUGGAAAAGAAUGGGUUAUGAUAUUGAGCGUUUUGUUGGCUAUGUUAAUGAAGGACUUUUAUGCUGUAUAUGCCGAGAUGUAUUAGAAGAUCCUUUACAGGCUCCUUGUGAACAUGCUUUCUGUACUGCCUGUAUACAUGGCUGGCUUGUUCAUCACAAUAACUGCCCUGAAGACAGACAAGCACUUGAUAUGUCUGUGCUACGACCUCUCUACAGAUACAUGAAAAAUGAUCUAAAUCGACUUCAGCUUCAUUGCAAAAACAGAGAGCGUGGUUGUGAAAUGGUUUGUUCUCUAGAAUCUAUAGACAGACAUGAGAGGGAAUGUGAAUACAGCCAGAUACCCUGCUCAAAUGCUGGUUGUCCAGUUCAGAUUGAACGACGUAACUUAGAUGGCCAUUUGGCAGUGUGUGAAUACCGGAGCCGUGAAUGCCCUAAUGGUUGUGGUUACACCAUUUUCAGAGCAGAAGACACGCAGCAUAAUUGUGUAGCAGAGCUAAGGACAGAAGUAGAACUGCUCCGGUCAGAAAUGAUCUGCAGAGUGGAGGAGGCAAAGCAUGAAAUGGAGUCCAGAUUAGAUUCACAGAGAAGGCAUAUGGUUCAAAAAGAGAGUCUUCUGCAAAAUGAAAUUGAAGAACUAAAGAGUCAGAUGUCACGAAUGAUGUCUGAGGUGCGCUCCCUUAUGGCUGCAGAGAGACAGCAUCGUCAAGAGCUGGAGCAAGCAGAACUCGAAAAGCGUGAAUUAAUGGAGCUGUUGAAAGGCCUACAGAAAGACUGCCGAUUAAAUAAUACAGAAGGAAACAAGAAAUCAACAAACUUUCGCCCCCUAACGCGACUGGAGAGUGUGAAACGAAAACCCAGGGAAGUUACAGUCAUCUAAACAGAAGUAUGACCAAAAACUACUUGAAUGUUGUUUUACCCACAACAGACCUCAAUUUUAUACAAAGGACAUAUGAUCAGGUGGACUUCUAUAUAGAGACUAAAGUCUGGAACUAUACAAUGGCACUAGUAGACGCACGGAUCUUGAAUCAUGGGGUUUCUUACAUUUGAAGACUGAAGGACACUUUAGAAAUGUGAAGAGGUCAAAUAUGGCAGCCAGUUAGACCCUGAGCAUGUGGGUGAAACCCGCCAGCCAGACAUCUGAAAUAUAUGUAUGAUGAAAGAGAGCCCCAUGAUGUUACAAGGGUUUAUGCAAGUCUCCAUUUCUGGUUUGGUUAUUGUUUUUUUCCUACUGAACUUAAUACUAACAACAUACUGAAAGAAACAAGUAGAAUAUUAGUGAGUGCGGUAAGUCUGUCUUAGAAGCAGAAUUCGCACUUAAUGAUUAAGAUGUGAGGAUUUCUCAAAUCUUUUAUUUAGUACAUUGUAGUUUCACUUAAUCCAGCUAACCCAAUAAUUUGAAAGAUGUGCUGACUCAGUUUAAGAAAGAAACAGCCCUCUCUGGCUCUUGCACCAUCAAUUCCCAUACACCUUUCCAGCUCAGUUUUUUUCAUAAAUACAAUUCCUAUGGAACAACUAGUGAGCCAGACUUGAUUGCUGUUGCUGCAUAUUAUUGCUUUCUUUAUUGAAAUGUAGGAGUAGAAUAGCUCAAUAGUUCAAUGAGCGCCUGUUGGUUUCAAUAGGACUUCUGAAUGCAAGACUUUCAGGAGAACCCUAUAUCUGCUGUUUAAUUGAGUUGCAAUGUACCAGUUUGCUUGUAAGCACCCAUGUUAUUUUAGUUAGGCUGAUUCUAAUAUUAAGUUAAAUUUUCAUCUCAAUCAAAUUGUUCAUGUGUGUUAUCAGAUGGUUAGCCUAACAUCACAAUUACAUGGCAGAUUUCUUUUCCUUAUUAAUAGUGGACAAGUGAAUUAUGUAGCCAGGUAACAUAUGCAAUUACUGUAAACAUUUUAGUUGCAAAGUUAUUGUAUUUUUUACAUCUAAAACAUUCUUGGGUGCUUUAAGAAGUUUUUUUUAAAAAGUGACCCUCAGGCAGUGGACAGGUCCUGGAAUAUAUAAAAUAAGAAUCCUUGUGAAAUUUGCUACACUCUUCCCCUCAGAUGUGUUUUUGAUAGUGUUUCUCUACAGAUUUGUCGAGUCCUGGAUAACUUAGGAAAAUGCUGGCACUAUUCCACAUUUCUCAUGAACAUCUUUUGGAUAGACCCAUACAGUUUAUCAUUGGUACGUAGGGGAUCUUAUGCAGAAUUUUCUCACAUUGAAAGAUGCUUUUCUAAAUACCUAAAAGUCUAUGCAAAUUUUAUAUUAACAAAUAAUUUUAAAGUGUCUUCCAGCCACACGGUUCAUUGCCAAGCUAGACUGAAAUUUGAUUUUUUUUUUUACAUUUAAUUAAAAAUGGGAAAUGGGCUCAAAAGUGGAAUUUUGGGGCUAAAUGUCAUUGUGUCUAAAAGAGAGCUAACAGGUGGCUUAUCACCAUUUGAUUUGUAUUUUGUAUAAAAGUUGAGCUACUUAAGUGUUCAUAAAAGUAGUUAUUCAUUUUGCUUCUCUUCUUUUCAUUAUGAAAGAUCAGGUAUCCUCCUUGCCUAAUAAAAUAGUGAGACAUACAUGCAAAUAAACUUGCUUUCAUUAUUCCCUGUGUACUUCACUCAGCAUGCAGGAAAAUGAGGGACUAAAGUACUAUAAUAGGGGACAGGUACUUUAUUAAAAGGGACAUAAGGAAUAGUGGUCAUAGUUAAAGGCAUUUGUCUGACCCAUGACUGGGAUACAUUAAUAGACAGGGCUAGCAUUUGAUCAAAACAGCACUCUACUCAAAGAUGUUGCAUCUCGUCACAGAGGGGAGUUCUUGCUGCCAUUGUGUCUGGGGUGUAGGCAAAGGCAAGCAACCAUGCUGAAGGAAAGAUGUUACAGGCCUUUACAGACAUUGCAGGUGCCUAGGGUGCAGUAGGGAGGGGGUCUAGGUCCUGCUUAGCGGGUAUUGAUUCAGGAUAAACAGAACUUGCUAUCCACUGCUUAAAGGGUUCUCAUCACAAAAUGUAUUGCAGUAAGGCCUAAAGGCCCCUUCUGUUGUGGGUAGGCCUUUGUAUUGGAAACUAUACAAAAACAGGAUGCCUCAGUAUACUAUAUUGCUGAAACUUUCUAGAGACUCCUUUGCUUUGGCAUCAACACCAUCUACCAGUUGGCUUUUCUGAGAGGCAUUAUGGGGCUGGUAGCAAUCUUAAUCUACCAUUUAUUUCAUUUAUCCCCUCUGAGGGUAGAGUGCAUCAUUGUGCUAGAAACUACCUAGUGGAAAAAAUUCAGUUUGACAAUUAUUUCAGUGAAAAUGGACAUUAACUAGAUCAUAAAGGACUGGCAGAGCUUGCUAGAGAACAUUCUACCUUAGAUAUUGGCUGUUUACAGUUUAAUUAGGGCCACUGGUAGAAAGAAGAAAAUCUGUUGAACACUGCUCCUUUAGAAUAAACUUAGAGGACUGUAAAGUAUGCAAUACGUGAAGAUUGCAUACACACUCAUUCUUAGCUGGAACACCUGGAGUUUUAUAAAGGGACAUGCUAACCAUGCUAAAUUAGUCAGGAAAGACCAAACCAUCUUUAGGGAAAGUGUCAGAUUCAAAAGUCCCAACCUUUGAAGGCUCCAAUUUGAUCUGGACAUUGCUUUGGUACAGAGCAAAAUGGUUAUGUCUUAACUUUUGCAACUAUGAAUGCUGGUGCGCUACAUUUUUACUGUCUCUUCACUUGCUUUCUGAAGCCCUGUUUGUGUAUUUUUCCUCACAAAGGAGCCAAGUUUGAGACCUAGGAACUUUACGUUUUUUUACAGCCUGAACAAUUAACCUAGCUAGGGUCCAAAAUGCAACACUAAUGCUCCUGAACUAAUAUUAGUCCCCAACUCUGCAGUUACUCCCUCACACACAAGCUCAAUGGAACUUCUCCUGUGCAAAUAUUUUCAGGAUUCAGGCCACAGUCAUUAACUGCCUAACAGCACUGUUGCUGAAUUGAGUGAACAUGAAGAGCAAACCCAACCUACUUGCCCUGUCGAUCCCUGAACCGCUGCCUACACAGGACUAAUGAGGAGAGGAAUAAAGGAAUCAGACUGUUAGCCAAAGAUGUUCUAAUUAUUAAAACAAGAUGUAACAGCACAGUAAAAGCCACUAUUAGCUAACAGCUAUAUGGCAGAAAUGUACCUAGACUGAUAAAUAGUUUCCACUUCAGCUCUGAACAUAAACAACACUUUGAACGUUCAAAGUAACUUUUGUUGGUUUAAAAAAUAGAUUUCCAUUAGGAAAAAAAGUUAGGUACUCUAGCUGCUGUAACAUUGCCUCAUUUCUCCUUAGUAGAAGUCAAUGGGUCAGCUUUCAAAGAAAGCUGCUAUUCAGCACUAAUGUGGUCCUUUGGCAUUAGCCACUUCCAGUGAUCUAGUCAAUUAGAAAACAAAGUUCCAAGUUAAAUUAAAAAGUGGAAUUUAAUGUUUUAAACCUGAGUUACUCAUGGUAAGAAUUCAAUUUAAAUGUAUCAAAUCAAGUAAAUUAAUUUUAAACAUAACAUUUACAGCAUUAUUUCAAGUUAAUUUAACCUUAAGAAUUCCCACAAUUAUUAAAUAAGUCCUAGAACUAUGUUUAAAGAAACUAUAGACAUACUGCUCAGUUUUCAAGUUUGACUAAUGAUUUACUGAGAUUUUGUUCACCUUGAUCAAUUUAACCAGCCUUUUAUUUUUUAGUUUGAAAAUGACAAGCAUGACAUGCUGUAUUUCAAACUUUUAAGAACCAAUUGAAUAUUUACAGUUUGUUCCAUACUUGAAGCUUUUUCUUAACUUUUCAUUCCAAAUCCCCUGACUGAAAACAAAUCACUCACAUCCCUGCUGCAGUUUUGUAAGUUGUAAAGUUUCUUAAAAAAAAAAAAAAAUACCCAAAACACCCCUCAACCCCAUGGUUUAAAGGAGCCUGUCUGCUUUACAAUAUAUUUAUGCAAUGCUCCUCAAUAUAAAAAAAUAGCAUUAAUAUACCCGUUAAUACUUUGCUAGAACAUGACCCGUUUUAGUCAUUAUAAUUGCAUUAGUAAAAUUCCAUCUUCCUUGAUCGACUUGAGUAUCUGAUGCUUUUUUCACAAUUCAGAUUCUACUGUUCAGUCAUUUUUCUGAAGUCUGUUACUUUAUACAAUACUAAAAUAUACAGCUGUAUGAAACAAAAUUAUUCCCUUUUACCAUGCCCAGUUAAUUAGAACAAGUUUACUUUAACUAUCCUAUAGGUCCUGUCAAUUAACUUUCUUUGUGCAAACUAAUAGUUUUGAUAGAAACUUGUGGGGCUAUGAUGCCCCAUGUCUCCGCAUACAAGGUCCCUUCCUACACUUGCUUUCUCUGUGGUUUCAGAGAAAACUGUUGAAUGCAACUUAGCCAAUAGGGCUAAAUGUUUUA